UUCCGGUUGCAUCAGCGUGGGAGCCCCGGCGAAAUGAGACUGUUCGUGAGCGAGGGCGCCCCUGGGAGCCUUCCCGUGCUGGCGGCGGCCGGGCGGGCCCAGGGCAGGGCGGAGCUGCUCAUCAGCACUGUAGGCCCGGAAGAGCGUGUGGUCCCGUUCCUGACCCGGCCAAAGGUCCCUGUCUUGGAACUGGAUAGUGGCAACUAUCUCUUCACCACAAGUGCAAUCUGCCGAUACUUCUUCUUGUUAUCUGGCUGGGAGCAAGAUGACCUCACCAACCAGUGGCUGGAAUGGGAAGCGACGGAACUGCAGCCAGCUUUGUCUGCCGCCCUGUACUCUUUAGUGGUCCAAGGCAAAAAGGGGGAAGACGUUCUUGGCCCACUCCGAAGAGCCCUGACUCACAUUAACCACAGCUUGAGUCAUCGAAACUGUCCUUUCCUGGCAGGGGAGACAGAAUCUCUAGCUGACAUUGUUUUGUGGGGAGCACUGUAUCCAUUACUCCAAGACCCAGCCUACCUCCCUGAGGAGCUGGGUGCCCUACACAACUGGUUCCAGACCCUGAGUUCUCAGGAGCCAUGUCAACGAGCUGCAGAGACUGUGCUGAAGCAGCAGGGUGUCCAGGCCUUGCGGCCCUACCUCCAAAAGCAGCCCCAACCAGGCUCCCUGGAGGGGAAGGCUGUCAGCAACGAACCUGAGGAGGAGGAGCUGGCCGCCCUGUCUGAGGAGGAGAUCGCCAUGGCUGUGACUGCUUGGGAGAAGGGCCUGGGAGGCUUGCCCCCUCUUCGGCCACAGCAGAAGCCAGUGCUGCCUGUGGCUGGAGAAAGGAACGUGCUCAUCACCAGUGCCCUCCCUUACGUCAACAACGUCCCCCACCUUGGAAACAUCAUCGGCUGUGUGCUCAGUGCUGAUGUCUUUGCCAGAUACUCCCGCCUCCGCCAGUGGAACACGCUCUACCUGUGUGGGACAGAUGAGUAUGGUACCGCCACAGAGACCAAGGCUAUGGAGGAGGGUCUGACCCCUCAGGAGAUCUGUGACAAGUACCAUGCCAUCCAUGCCGACAUCUACCGCUGGUUUAACAUCUCAUUUGACAUUUUCGGUCGGACCACUACUCCCCAGCAGACCAAGAUCACCCAGGACAUCUUCCAGCGGUUGUUGACGCGCGGGUUCGUGCUGCAAGACACCGUGGAACAGCUGCGGUGUGAGCGCUGUGCCCGCUUCCUGGCCGACCGCUUCGUGGAGGGCGUGUGUCCUUUCUGCAACUACGAGGAGGCCCGGGGUGACCAGUGCGACAAGUGCGGGAAGCUUAUCAAUGCCAUUGAGCUCAAGAACCCUCAGUGUAAAAUCUGCCGGUCCUGCCCUGUGGUGAAAUCCUCUCAACACCUGUUCUUGGACCUGCCUAAACUGGAGCAGAGAGUGGCGGCGUGGCUGGGGAAGACGCUGCCUUGCGGUGACUGGACACCCAACGCCCGCUUCAUCACCCGUUCUUGGCUUCGGGAUGGCCUCAAGCCACGCUGUAUAACCCGAGACCUCAAAUGGGGAACCCCUGUACCCUUAGAAGGUUUUAAGGACAAGGUAUUCUAUGUCUGGUUUGAUGCCACCAUUGGCUACCUGUCCAUCACAGCCAACUACACAGACCAGUGGGAGAGAUGGUGGAAGAACCCAGAACAAGUGAACCUAUAUCAGUUCAUGGCCAAAGACAAUGUUCCUUUCCACGGCAUAGUUUUUCCUUGUUCAGUCCUAGGAGCUGAGGACAACUACACCUUGGUCAGCCACCUCAUUGCUACAGAGUACCUGAAUUAUGAGGAUGGGAAAUUCUCCAAGAGCCGGGGUGUGGGAGUGUUUGGGGACAUGGCUCAGGACACAGGGAUCCCUGCUGACAUCUGGCGCUUCUAUCUGCUGUACAUUCGGCCUGAGGGCCAGGACAGUGCCUUCUCCUGGACAGACAUGUUGCUCAAGAACAACUCUGAGCUCCUUAACAACCUGGGCAACUUCAUCAACAGAGCUGGGAUGUUUGUGUCCAAGUUUUUUGGGGGCUAUGUGCCUGAGAUGGUGCUUACCUCUGAUGAUCAGCGCCUGCUAGCCCACGUCACACUGGAGCUCCAGCAUUACCACCAGCUGCUGGAGAAGGUUCGGAUCCGGGACGCCCUGCGCAGCAUCCUCACCAUCUCUCGUCAUGGGAACCAGUACAUCCAGGUUAACGAGCCCUGGAAGCGGAUUAAAGGCAGCGAGGCUGACAGGCAGCGGGCAGGGACAGUGACAGGCGUGGCAGUGAACAUCACCGCCUUGCUCUCCGUCAUGCUGCAGCCUUACAUGCCCACGGUCAGCGCCACCAUCCAAGCCCAGCUGCAGCUCCCGCCUGCAGCCUGCGGCAUCCUACCCCCCAGCUUCCUGUGCACCUUACCGGCAGGACACCAGAUUGGCACCAUCAGUCCCUUGUUUCAAAAAUUGGAAAAUGACGAGAUUGAAAGCUUGCGGCAGCGCUUCGGCGGGGGCCAGCUAGAAGAGCCCUUGAAGUUAAAGGCAAAAGCAGCCCCCGCGCCGGUUGUAGAGGCCGAGACACCAGCUGGGCCACAGCAGGUACAAAUGCUGAUGGAUGAAGUGACAAAACAGGGCAACAUUGUCCGUGAGCUGAAAGCACAAAAGGCAGACAAGAACCAGGUUGCUGCGGAGGUGGCUAAACUCUUGGAUCUGAAAAAACAGUUGGCUCUAGCGGAGGGAAAACCCCUGGAAACCCCUAAAGGCAAGAAGAAAAAGUGAGACCUUGACUCAUAGAAAGUCACUUUACUGGAUACGGACAGUAAUAAAUGAACGUACAACCUCU